AUGUCGUGGACAGUCAGGUUAUAUCAGUACUUUGGCUUGAAGUCUUUCACCCCGUUCCUUUCGUUCAUGGUUCCUUACCUUGUCGAGCAGAAGGGAUUCCACAAUAGAGAGCUUCACAACAACUUUAGCCCGUUGUUCUUUACAUCCUCCAUCAUUGUUUCUCUCACUUCAUUUCUUAUAAUCGAGCUUUUAGGAAACAGAAUGAGUCUUUUCGUCGAUACACUCAUUGAAAUGGUUGUGUAUAUGAUAUUCAUGUUCAUGCCGUUUAGGUGCAGCUUUCUAACGGCUAUAGCAUAUCUACUCCAUGGCGCAACAACAUCCUUCGGAGUCGUAACGAAGUCGAUUCUUAACUCCACUGCCGGAAGAAAGGAGGAUAGAAAAGUGGUUCUAUCGACAGCAAUUAACAUCAAGACAUUUGUAAGUGUUGUCUCGUCAUGGAUUGGGCAGGACAUCAUAAUGUGUGGGGGAAGUCACAGAGUGAACAUACUGAUUUCUCUCUUCGGCCUAUCCCUGGCUCUUCUGACCACGCUUUUACUUCCUCUCACAUCUCCAAAUAAGGAGGAGGAAAAGUUCAUAGACUACAUACAGAGCCCCACAGAGGUUUGGAGGAAAGUAAAGAGCACAUAUAGAUCGCGUGUGAUGCUUGCGUCUUUGCUUUCAUCAUCUGCAAGCAUUCUCUACAUAUGUCUUUCGUUCUAUUCAGCAGGGAUAUUCCUCGAAAAAAGGAAGAACGGAAUAGAAAGCAGCAUCAAGGUGAACAAAAUGUUGUUUCUCGUGGCAAAGCCUAUACGCCUUGUUUCUUAUACAGUGAUCAAAAUCUUCUCCAGCUUCGAUAGCUCGGUAUCAUACCACUCAAACCCAAACAAGCCUGUUAUUAUUCAUGGAUAUGUUGAAGGAUGUUCAAAAAUACUUUCCUCGCUUGCCAGUCUGCAGAUAUCAAAGGUUUUGUCAGAAAGUAGAUGCAUUCCUCUGGCAUUUCUGACAUCAAUGAUGACAAUGGUGUUUAUAUAUUGCCUGGGGGCAUCAAACUCGAUGUCAUACUCAUAUCUGUUCUACAUCCUGGCCUCUUUGUCGUCAUUCUUAUGCAAGACAAUAUCAAACAUAGGGUUACAGAGUGUGUGCGAAGAAUCGGGAUAUAAGUUCGUCCUCGGCUUCAACCUGUUUAUAUCAUCGAUUAUACACAUAUCCAUUACUCACCUUUCAAGGGUCUACAGCUUGAGAGUCAAAUCAAAGCUAAUGCUGUAUUUCUACGUCAAUGCUCUUUUCAUGAUGGUUGCAUUUGGCAUACACGUUCUAGGAUAA